AUGCCGACCUUGGGCGCACUCAUUACCUUUUUCGGAGUGGUAGGCCAUGCCGUAGCAUUGUCACAGUGGGAGACCAAUAGGAAAUCUACUUGGGGAACCUUAGAUAAUCCAACGUAUCCCAAGUGGCUCUCUGAUCCAAGCAUUCACCAACUGCAACCUAGAGGUAGCAGCUCUCCUCCUUGGGGCGCGCGCACUGCCGCCAACACAAAUCCGUACACAAGCCCACCAGUCACAGGCGUUACUCGGAAAUACAACUUCACCUUAUCUAGAGGGCUGGCAUCCCCCGAUGGAUAUCAAAAGCAUGUCAUUCUCGUAAAUGAUCAAUUUCCUGGCCCUUUGAUUGAAGCGAAUUGGGGUGAUACUAUCCAAGUGACGGUGAAUAACAACAUCACUGGACCAGAUGAAGGCACGGCUCUGCAUUGGCACGGCUUUCUGCAAAAAGGGACGCAGUGGUUUGACGGUGUCCCAAGUGCUCAGCAGUGCCCCAUUGUUCCUGGUCAAUCACUGACUUAUUCAUUUCAAGCUGAUCUCUAUGGCACAUCUUGGUAUCACUCACAUUUUUCUGCCCAAUACGCGGGCGGCCUUCUCGGACCCAUUCUCGUUCACGGCCCCACGAAUGAGGACUAUGAUAUUGAUCUCGGUCCUGUUAUCCUGGCUGAUUGGUUCCACAAGGAAUAUUUUGACAUUGUAAAGCUGGUUGCCAGUACGGACUCCUCCAACUGGCUUCAAUAUUCCGACAACAAUUUAAUACAGGGCAAAGGGAACUUCGACUGUUCUUUAGUCACAGAUGGCACGCCAUGCUCAAAUAAUGCAGGUUACGCCAAGUUUAGGUUCCAGAAGGGUAAGAAACAUCUUUUGCGUCUUAUCAACACCAGCGCGGCCGGCCUUGAGCGUUUCAGUAUCGACGGUCAUACCUUGACCGUUGUAGCCAACGACUUCGUUCCUGUCCAGCCUUAUAAUGCGACCUAUGUCACACUUGGUGUUGGUCAACGGCUGCAUGUAAUCGUUGAGGCAACCGGUGCUUCGGACGGGGCAUACUGGAUGCGCUCUAAUAUUUCUGAAAUCUGCAACCUGCCUUUACAGCCACACGGAUUGGCUGCCAUCUACUAUGAUGAUGCCGAUACUAACGCCCUUCCCACAAGCGCUGCUAAUUUCUACCCUGGCGAUGAUGGCACAUGCACGACUGAUCCUCUCGAUGUUACUGUUCCAUAUUAUGCAAUCGAGCCGUCUGUGCCAUCUCUAACUCAGUUCAUUACUGUCAACGAAACUGUUAACGCCACGGGGCAUCUUGUGUGGACUGUUGACGGAUCGGCAGCUCAUGUAGAUUACAACAAAGCUAUUUAUCUCCUAGCCAACGAAGGUAAUCUUACCUAUCCAUUGGAGCCCAAUUGGAAUGUCUACGAUGUCUACGAUAACAGCAGCGUUCGGCUUGUUAUUCAGAACGCUCACGAUUUCUCUCACCCGAUUCAUAUACAUGGUCAUAAUAUAUACAUCCUUGCAGAAGGUGAAGGCACAUGGGAUAACAAGACAAUCGUCCGCCCAAAUAAUCCCCAGCGCCGCGAUACUCAACAGCUUCGUGCCAAUGGAUAUAUUGUCAUUCAGUAUGAGACCGAUAACCCUGGAGUAUGGCCCCUACACUGUCAUAUUGCGUGGCACGUCUCUAUGGGUUUCUAUAUUGCCCUAAUUGAAAGACCAGACGACAUUCAACAGUCGCCAGUACCAAAGGCUAUCAAGAAUACAUGUACCGCAUGGAAUAAGUACACGAAGUCUAAUUUUGUGGAUCAGAUCGACAGUGGCGUCUAG